CACUGGCGCCACUUGCCAGCUGAUGAGGAGGCGCUAGGACGCAGGAUAUAAGCGCUUUUCGGCCGGAACACUGCCCGAUUUCAGGAGACGAGGCAGAGACAGCAGGAGGAAUAAAUUAAGUCUGAUUUUAAGCGAUCUGGAAAUGGAGACUGACUACCAGAACUACGUAGAGUCGCUGUCGGGCGUGUCCUCCGACGAGGACGACUUCUCUACGGUGGACAGCUCCGAUGAGUCCUCGGAGGAGCCGACUCCCACGCCAUCAUCGGUCCCAAGGACACGGAAUCUGGUGCAGAUGCUCUACGACAGGGAGCGCACAGGAUUCUUCUCAGGCUCCUCCAGGGCUGGCCAAAAGCAACAGCUUCCUUACGACAGAGUGCCAAAUAGGUUAAAGCUAUACCUCAAGGAUGUGUUGGCCAGCAGUUUGAUGGAGGGGCACAUAUUCAUGGGCCUCACUGCUUGCGGCCAGUACAUGCUCAGCCAUCGGGUGGUGUGCAAUGACAGCUCCUCACUCAAUCACUACUCCUUCAACAUGGGCUAUAAGUACACUCUGUACUUCUGGCUAUUCCAACCUCACAAGAGACUGCGCCACUUUUUCUCGCGCCGCCUCUUUGACGAUCAUUUGGUGGAUAAUAUAAAGACUGUAACUAUGACGCAGUGGAAGAACACGCAGCACCAGAUUCUAGUUGUUCAUGGGGCUGCUACGGAAGAGGGAGAAGAUAGCUAUAUCACAUAUGUCAAAGUUCCUAAACUGGGUUGUUUGGAGUGCAAGAAACUCAACGACGAUGGUCCAUAUUCCUUUUACAAUGCGCACUGCCUGAACUGCCACUUAACGGUGCACACCAAAUACUCAUCGACUGAAACGGAUCCGGCAUUCGAGCCGAAGAUCAAUCUGCUUUGCCCGGAGCGUAUUCUGAUCAUCUCCAAUGGAUUUAUGCACAUGCUGCGCAUCGAUGUAGACACGCAGGCCGUGACCUCGGGCAGCAACUACCUUUCCCAGCAGAACCUUAUCCUGCCCACUCUUCAAGCGCAACCGCAGUCGCAAACGCAAUCCUUUUUACUUCCUAGGUCUCUUAUGGCCAGCGAGGAGGACCGCUCAUCGGGGGUCUUUACACCAUCCGGAUCGGAGGCGGAAUCCGGAAAUGAGCAAAGCGUAGUUGCCCGCAUCAUAGCCGACUUUAGCGACAUUGAAACCGAGCAAACACAUCGCUCCAGCCAGCCCAGUAGCACCCAUAGCAUUAACAAUAAUGAAAUGCAGUCCAGGGGCAAUGUCUGCUGUUCGCCAAAGACAUACGAAAAACUAAUUUUCACACCACACUGCAGUCCCACUGUGGUUACGGGUUUGAAUAGCAUGACUCUGCCGGAGACCACACUGCCGGUCACAAAGCCCCUUGCCAAUGAAGCUAGUCCGCCGCGGAGGCGCAACCAGCGGAUAGUCACCAAGUUCCGUAACGGCAUCACUACCAUAGAUUUACAGAGCCCGCCCAGUUCCAGCUCAAUGACGGACAAAUCAAAUGCCUAUGAGUUCUCAGAAGACAAUGAAAAGUACGAAAAGAUCUCUACUUUCCGCAAACGACGUUUGGCAGAGAAAAAGUACGAGUUCUCGGAGGACAACUCUGAGAAUAUUAUACCUUUCACCAAGGUGCGCUUGGCGGUACGUGCAUUCAAUGCCUCGACCGCCAGUUCCUCGGCUCGCAGCUUUCAUCGCUUCUCACCCACGGCGCACUUCUUUCACAACUCGCCCUGCGCCUCGCCCUCCUCAUCGCCACAUCCCUCCCAGCCGGCGCAGACGCCCCCGCAUCUGGGAUUUCGUUCACCACCCUCCAGUUCCAUGCUGAUGCGUUCGCCCAGCCGCAAUGCCAACUCGGCUCAGAUUUUCAACCAAAAAUCGCCGCCAUUAUCACAGGCCACGCAGCAAAUGCUAAGCUAUAAGCCAGUGGGGCCGCUAGGAGCCCUCUCGCCACUGCAAGUGUCGUUGGCUAAGCGUUUUGAAAUAGGUGGCUCCAUGUCUCCAAAUGCCGGUUUGUCCUUUUUGUCACCAAGACGCGAUGAGCCUAGGAUUGUGGAGAUGCCAGUGCAGGGCGGUGUGAUGCCUGAGAAACCCGUGUGCACCAAGAAGCUAAGACGACGUUAUGUGGAGGAGGACGAUGCAACCUCGGUCAUCACCAGCGAAGAGGACGAUUGCAUAUCGCCAGGCUACCACACCUCGCUGCCAAUGGAAGUGCAUGGAUCCUGUUACUCGGAGAUGCAGAUGAUCUCACAGGCCUCGUAUCAGCGGCUGCGCUGUAGCAGCGUUGUAAUCACUCAGCAUUCUUUCGACCUGGAGACCUUCACUUACUAUGUGAUCAGCCUGCUGUGCCAGAAACACCAGAAGAUCUACAACGUGUUCUACGACUGGGCGUACGAGGUGAUCAACGUGUGUCCACUGAGUCAGACGAUCGGCUGCACGCUAAUGGCUCAGUUCUCGGCGCGCGAUCAGCCGCUGGCAAUUUGUUUGCACUGCACCGGACGCAUGGACUGCCCGUUCCACAACAGACAGUACGAGUGCCGCAUACUGUUUACGUGGAACAUGGAGAGCGGUCAGUGGCAGGUUCUCGACUAUGGCGAGCUAAAGGAGGUGCCCGAGCAAUUCAGCCCGCUAAAGCGGCUGGGUAAGGCUCGACUAACGUUUGCCCAGAUGGCCAGGAAGAUGGGCCAGGAAAUGGCCGUCGGUGUGGGCCUCAACUUGCCCGACUACACCUCGAACCUACGGGUGCUCAACUCAGAUAUCCGAAAAUCCAAGAUGUACAUCAGUGAUCUCGACAACAUGGUGGAGUUCCACUUGAAACGCACACACCAGGAGACGCUGUGAGCACAAUGUUUCCUGGCCACAUAUGUAUACACACUGGUUGAUAAAAUGGUUGCUUCCAUUACAAUAAGAGCUGGCAAAUUUCGAUUGUAUUGAACAACACAUUUUAAUAUUUGAUCACCUUAAAUCACCUUAUGAUAAACCCGAAGUUACAAAUAUUCGUAACAAUGAACUCUGAAAUAUGACAGCUCUUAUACUAAUGGAAACCAUUAAUUAAAACAGUUUUAUUAGUUUGUAAAACUCGCUAAGGUUGCGUGCAUCUAGUUCAGUUCUAAACACAAACAACGUGUGCUGUAUUUAGUAUUUAGUUACCUUUACCUUAAUUAGUGCAACGAAACGCUUUUUCAAAAGGUUGAAACGCGUCCUAAUUUCGACUGAAGUCAUUUAAGUAAUCUACAAUCUAGUUUUAAGAACGGAGCUCGACUCCCCUGCCCUGCUCAUACUUACACACAAUAUACUUUUGAUAUUCGAGACUUCGAUUCAACUAUUAGCUAUAAUAUUAGUUAGAAACUCAUUUCGAACUGCGGUACUAGUAAUUAAAGUAUCCAUUUAGUUAGUGAAACCCCCGUUUAACAGGCGAGUGGUAAAUAUACAGUUAUAAUCAAACUUUGGAACUAUGUUUCAACCUAAUAUUAAACAUUUAAAAUAUAUUUCAAGAUAUUGUUUAGCCAGACUCAACUUAUGGCAAAUAUAAGACAUCCCAGUAACCUAA